GCGAAGCUGAAAGAAACAAUGUAUGGUACUUUACCGGUCACUUCGCUCGCCCAGUUCCGGUCGGACUUUACUAUUGUGCAGAUACCUGAUGGAAAUCUCGAGUCUGCUAAGCCGCAGCUCUAUACGAACAUCAAUCUCCUGCGGAUGGGCUGUAGUGGACGCUCGGGAUUAACGCUCGAAGAACCCAGUGAUACCACGAAAGAUCGGUUCAUCUCAACCUACUUCCUCCCAUAUAAUCACCUUUUAGGAGCCGGGAAGGCCCCUUCGCUGUUCAAUGACACAGUAUUGGAACUUGUCAAGCUUGUUCAAGUGUCGUUACAUAUAUUUGGCUAUUACGAGACAUCAUCUUUCGAUGGUCUACUCUGCGAUUCUACAGUCGAAGGACUCCAACGCUGGGUCAAAGAGAUUGGAGAAUUAGUCGAAGGCCUCGACUCAAUGGAAAGGAUAGCCGAUCCCAGCACUGUGGCUUCCUUGUUGAGUCUUGUAUUAGCGGUCAGGAAUAGGUUGGUCGGGCUCAGCGGAAGUACUAAUGUGAGAGGCUCAGUUGCUAUACAUUCUCUUGGACUGAUUCCCUUCUCUCUCUAG